GGUUCAGCUUCAUGUAAAAUAUUGUACAUAUCAGACCCUAAUGUGAAAUUAAACACCCUUCCUACUCGGGUAUUUGGGAGGGGAAGGAGCUGCCAUGGAACAGGAGAGCUGGAGGUGCAGAAGACAAAGGAGGGCCAGCAGCACCCAGGGAAAAGUUGACAUUCGAAGAUGUGUCUAUGGUAUUCUCUAAGGAUGAAUGGACCUGCCUGGAUGUUGCUCAGCAAAAUUUGUAUCGGGAUGUCAUGUUAGAGACCUACAGAAACCUGGUCUUCCUUGGGCUUGCUGUCACUAAGCCAGAUCUCAUCACCUGUCUGGAGCAAAACAAAGAACCCUGGAAGGUGAAGACUCACCAGAGAGUAGUCAAGCACCCAGGUAUAUGCAAUCGUUCUACUGAAGACCAUUCACAGGAGCUUGGUAAAAAUAUUUUAUUCCCAGUGAUAAUCCUGAGAAGAUGUGAAAACUAUGGUCCUGAAAAUUUGAACUUAACAAAAGACUGGGAAAGGGUAUAUGAGUGUAAGGAGCAGAAAGUAUGUUACAGUGGACUGGACAAAUGUUUAGCAGCUCCUCUUGGCAAGAUCUACCAAUGCAGUAAAUGUUCACAUGUCAACAGAAAACUGUCAAAUCUAAAUACAAAUAAGCUGAUAGAAACUGUAGAGAAAACUUCUAAGUGUGAAAAAUGUGGGAAAACCUUAAACCUAUGCUCACACAUUGAAAAUCAUAAGAUAAUUCAUUUUGUGGAAAAGGAGCAAAAAAGUAAAGAAUGUUCCAAAGUCUUUAAAUCUUGCUCAGGCCUGUCUAGCCACCGUGGACUUUAUACUACAGAAGAACUCCACCAGCAUGAAAAUUAUGGCAAAUAUCUUAACCACAGCUCAAAAUAUUCUAAAUAUAAGAGAAUUUAUAAUGGAGAGAAACCCUACAAAUGUGAAGAAUGUGGCAAAACCUUUGGCCGGAAAUCAAAACUUUCGGCACAUCAAAGAAUUCAUUCUGGAGAGAAACCACACAAAUGUCAAGAAUGUGGCAAAGUUUUUAACCAGUACUCAAACCUUUGUAGACAUCAAAGAAUUCAUUCUGGAGAUAAACCAUACAAAUGUCAAGAAUGUGGCAAAGCCUUUAAUUGUAGUUCAAUUCUAACUAAACAUCAAAGAAUUCAUUCUGGUGAGAAACCUUACAAAUGUCAACAAUGUGGCAAAGCCUUUAAACAGUACUCAAAUCUUUCUGUACAUCAAAGAAUUCAUUCUGGAGAGAAACCCUACAAAUGUCAACAAUGUGGCAAAACCUUUAACCAGUACUCAAACCUUUCUGCACAUAAAAGAAUUCAUUCUGGUGAGAAACCCUACAAAUGUGAACAAUGUGGCAAAGCCUUUAACCACUACUCAAACCUUUCUUCACAUAAAAGAAUUCAUUCUGGAGAGAAACCCUAUGAAUGUCAGCAAUGUGGCAAAGCCUUUAAUUGGUACUCAAACCUUUCUAGACAUCAAAGAAUUCAUUCUGAGAGAAACCUUACAAAUAUGAACAGUGUGACAAGCCAAUAACUCACAUUCAAACCUGACUGUACACAAAAGAAAUGCUGGGGGAAGCCCUACAAAUAUGAAGAAUGUGGAAAUACGUUUACAUGUUUUUUUGUUUUUUUGUUUUUUGUUUUUGUUUUUGUUUUUUGCAGUUUCUGGCCAGGGCUGGGUUUGAACCUGCCACCUCUGGCAUAUGGGGCAGGCACCCUACUCCUUUGAGCCACAGGUGCUGCCCUGUUUACAUGGUUUUCAUAACAUGCUAAACAUAAAAGUAUUCACAUUGGAGAGAAACCAUACAAAUGUGAACAGUGUAGCAGUGCCUUUAAACAGAGCUCAAAUCUUACUACGCACAAAAUUCUUGUUGGAGAGAAAUAUUACAGAUGAGAAUAAUGUGGCAAAGAUUUUUUUAUUUCUUUUGUUUUGUUUUGUUUUGUUUUUUGACCAGGACUGGGUUUGAACCUGCCAUCUCCGGCAUAUGGGGCCAGCGCCCUACUCCUUUGAGCCAAGGUACCACCCUUUAUUUCUUUUUUAUUUUAUUUUAUUUUU